AUGUCUUUUAAUACUUGUUCAUUUGAAGUUAUUGAAAAUAUUAUUAAAAUAAUUGAAGAAAAUAAUGAUCUUAAAAGUUUAUAUUAUCUUUGUUUAACGAAUAAAAUUUUAUGUAAAAUUUCGAUUCCUUAUUUAUGGAAAAAAUCUCUUAUUACUACCAAUAAAUCAAAUAAUUUUGAUAAUAUAAGAGAUUAUCUUAUCGAAAAUAUUAAUACUAUAAAAAUUAUUUCAAUACUUUUAUUUUUUAUUAAAAAUACAAAUAUAAGAAAUUUUUUAAAAAAUAAUUAUCAAGAAUUUUUUUAUAUUCCUAAAAAACCAAUUUUUAAUUAUCCUCAUUUUAUAAAAUUUAUUGAUUUUUCUUUUUUAUUUAAUUCUAUUCAAUUAUGGUUAAGUUAUAAUAGUGAUUUUUAUAGAUAUUCUAGUUAUGUUGAUGAAAAUAAAUGGAAAUAUUUUCAAAUCAUUUGUGGAAAAAGAAAUAUUAUUUUUAAUAAUAAUAUUAUUUUGGCUUUAACUGAAAUGAUUUUUAGAUCUAUUAUAAAAUAUACUGAUGAAAUUAAUACUAUUUAUAUUAAUGUUUAUAAUUAUGAUGAUAAUUAUAAUGGUGAUUAUGAUGAAGGUGAUGAUUUUUAUAUUCGUCUUUUCGGUUUAAAUGAUGCUAAAAAAUGUUUAUCAAAAUUAAAAAAAUUUAAGAUUAAAGGUUUUAUUAAUAAGUUUGGUAUAAUUAAUCAAAUUAUGAAUUGUAAUCCUAAAUUAAAAAUUGUUUAUAUACAAAAAUAUGAUUUCACUUUAAAAAAUCAUCAAUUAAUGAAAUUCUUAUUGAAUCAAAAUCAUUUAACGAAAAUCACUAUUAGUGGAUUAAAUUAUGAAGGAAGUUAUGAUUUUCAUGAUAUGGAAGGUUCUAUAACGAAUUCUUUGGAAUCUUUAAAAAUUAUGAAAUGUAAUGUUUCAGAUGAUCUUUUAAGAUUUUUUAUUAAUUGUAACAAGUUGAAAAAAUUUCAAUUGAUUGAUGUGGAUUUUAUAAGUUCUAAUAAUAUUUUAAAAGAUAUUAUCUUUAAAAAUUUAAAAAAUUUAAAAAUUAUUAGUAAAUUUAAUUUUUUGGAUGAAAAUGAAAAUUUGGAAUAUGAGAUCAAACUUUUUAUUAUUCAUCAUUUGAAUAAUCUUAAUAGAAUUGAAAUCAAAUCAUCAAUCAAAUCAUCAUCUUUUUCAAAUUUUAUUGAAGAAAUUCCUUCUUUAAUAUUAGAAUAUUCUUGUCCUUUAAAUCUUAAUCAUCUUUUUUUACAAAUUGAUCAACCUCAUUAUUAUUCAACAUUUCUUAAUAUAAUGAAAAGAUUUAAAAAUCUUAAAACAUUAGAAUUAACGAAAUUUUAUAUUAAUGAUAAUAAUUAUUAUAAUAAUAACUUUAUUAAUUAUAAUAAUUUUAUUAAUUAUAAUAGUUAUAUUAAUUAUAAUAAUUAUAAUAAUAAUGAUAUUAUUCAUGAUAUCAAAUUUUUAAAUGAUCAAAAUUUAAGAGAUUUCACUAAUAAUUUAAAUGAAGAUUUGAAAUUAUUAAAUUUUGGUAUGUGGAAAAUUUCUAUUGAAGGUUUAAAAAUAAUCUUGUCUCAUAAAAGAUUAUGUUUAAAAAAUUUAUCUUGUAUUUUAUAUAAUGGAAAUCCUUAUCAUAUUGAAAGAUUAAUUAUGAAAUAUAAAGAAUUUAAUCAUAGGAAUAGGAUUAUAAGUAAUUAUACAAUAACGAAAUUAUAUGUAGAUUGUUAUUAUUAUGGUAAAAAAGGUAAAAAAUCAUCUAGUAAAGAUCAUAACGUUUAUAUUGAGUGGGUUUUAAAGUAA